UCGUCUGCUCCAUCAAAACCAAAUCCCGCUAGGGUUCCAUUACUCACCCCGUUCCUUUUCUGUCAUACGAAAAGCAAAGCAAACAGUGUUUUAAGGAGAAUUAUAAGAUGAGUUCUGCAAGCAAAGCUUGGAUUGUGGCAACAAGUGUUGGAGUUGUUGAGGCCUUGAAGGACCAAGGAGUUUGCAGAUGGAACUCUGCUUUAAGGUCAGCUCAGCAACAUCUGAAGAACCAAGCGAGGUCCAUCUCUCAGGCUAAGAAGCUUUCUUCUUCUGCUAUGGUUUCCAGAAGACUCAAGGACAAGAAGGCAAAGCAAUCAGAAGAGUCCUUGAGGACCGUGAUGUACUUAAGCUGUUGGGGUCCCAAUUAAAGCAGAAGAGAAGCCAGAAAAGAACGUUUUUGUAAUUAAUUCUUGGUUCUAAGCUUCCUCUAACCAGAAAAGGGGGGAUGAGUUUUCUGGUGCCAUAUUAGCUUUAGUUGAUCCUCCAUGGUGACAGAAUGAUGUAAAUUUUGACAAGCACUAAUCGAAUUGUCAGAUUUUUUCUUUU